AUAUAGCGUCAUCUGCGUUAUAUACACGAACAUUCGAAUUGAUUUUGGUGCAAAGAAACGCUCCAAGCGGAGCCAGCAAGAGCUAGAGAGGUGAAUGACACCCACCCCCUGAACAAUGGAUGCGCCGUAUUGACUUCGCUGGCCUAGAGGAUAAUUUGGGGCGGUUGUUGAUUGUUUAUCUAUCGUAAACCACCUUGUUUUAUUCCACGUGCUUUUCCGUUGCUAUUCCGGAGUAAAUGAUGGAGUCACUUGUUACCGAUCUACGGAAAUAUUUCAUAUUUUAGCCGUGAUUUGGUUUGUAGGUCUUGUAUCUUGAAUUUCUUGGACCUAAAUCCUAUUCGACUGGGCAUCUUCCCUUGAAAUUUUCAGCGGGGUGUUGGUCCGAAUGGUGGUAUCCUAGCUUCGGCGCGACCCGCAGCUGCAGGGGCUGUUCAGGGUCUGCGAUCAGUGCAUUGUGCCCGGUUUGUGCUUACUGACUGGGUGAUUUCAAUGUAUUGUAGAGGCUAAAACGCUGCUGGAUUGCAUUCAACAAAGGACACUUGCAGAUUGGGUCGUGAAAUUUAUUUUUAGAGAAAAUGCCGCUUUCUUUUGAGAGACGUUGGAGCUUGGAUAGAAGGAAAGAUGACAAAAAGGAGGAUAAGAAAGAUGACAAGAAGGAUGACAAGAACAAGGAUAAAGAUAAAGAGAAGAAGAACAAGAAGGAGAAGAAAAAGUACAAGACUAAGUUAGAGCGUAACGAAUCGCUUGAUGUUUACGCCGUACAGUCACACGCGACAAGGAACCUGCAGGACGCGGCAGCGUGGCGCCACUGACUGACGACUCCUCUGACAGCUUGCGGAAAGUUUAAGGCCUGCAAAUUGAGAAGAAUUCAGCCUAGAAAGGAAGGGAAGUGGAAAAAGAGAAGAGACACAGAUUUGCAUUUUUUUGUAGUGGUUGCGUGAGAUCGGAGACUACUGGGAAAACUUGAUAGUGCAAGAGGUUAUCUGUACGUCUCUUCUCUGAUAGUGAUGCAUUUUGCAAUACCCUAACGGUAUACCAAUGCACUUUAACUGCUGUAUUUUGUAGUAGAAAAUUUGGUUUGCUUUGCAAAGUCUGUUUCUUUUUAACUUACUUCUGAAAUAUUUCUAAGUAUCAUUUUGGGGGAAAAUUAUAUCAUUUUGGUUCUCCAAAUUAUUUUCAAUUUUAUCAUGCUUGAACCUAUGCUUAGAUAGAAUGUUUGAUGCUAGAAUAUUCAUCAUGCAAAGUAUCUUUUUAAUAACAUUUAAUUGGACUCUGAUUUUUGGAAUUUCAAAAUUCAUUUAAUGAAAAGUACAUAUUUGGAUGCAAUAUCAGAAUUGAGGAAACUUUCUUUCAUGUCAGACUAGUACAAAUCUGAUCAUGAAAUUAAAUUGAUUUGUAAAUUGUUAAGACUUUCUCUCUUCUGUCUAAUGAUAUGAUCACAGUAUGACGGCAUUCAAGAUCUUUGCUUUGUUUUGAAGUCCUUUUGGACUGACUAUUCAUAUUGGGAUGCUACAUUAUGAGGU